UCACAACAACAGCGAUGGCGGCCGCGGCACGGUUCUUCACCCGGGGCGCACACUCGAAACUGUCCCUCGUCGCUGUCGGCGGCGGCGGCGGGGCCCACUGCUCCUUCGGGGCCGCUCUGCUGAACGCGUCGCCGACCUGCAACUCGCGCACGAAGACGCAGCGGAGACACGCGGCGCACUUUACCUUCCAGCCUGACCCCGUCCCGACACAGUACGGUCCAACACAGAAGAUGAACUUGUUCCAGUCAAUUACAAGUGCCUUGGACAACACCCUCGCCGCCGAUCCCACAGCAGUCAUCUUUGGGGAAGAUGUUGCCUUCGGUGGAGUAUUCAGAUGCACAGUGGGGCUGAGAGACAAAUAUGGCAAGGACCGAGUCUUUAACACUCCCCUCUGUGAGCAGGGGAUUGUGGGAUUUGGUAUCGGUGCAGCUGUUGCUGGUGCCACAGCCAUCGCUGAGAUCCAGUUUGCUGACUACAUCUAUCCUGCGUUCGACCAGAUAGUCAACGAAGCUGCCAAGUACCGCUACCGUUCUGGCAACCUGUUCGACUGCGGCAACCUCACCAUCCGGGCCCCGUGGGGCUGCGUCGGCCACGGGUCACUUUACCACUCUCAAAGCCCCGAGGCCUUCUUCGCCCACUGCCCGGGCAUCAAGGUUGUAAUACCUCGUAGUCCAGUCCAGGCCAAGGGGCUGCUCCUCUCUUGCAUCGCUGACCAGAAUCCAUGCAUCUUCUUUGAGCCCAAGAUCCUGUACAGAGCAGCAGUGGAGCAAGUUCCCAUGGAGUCCUACACCAUACCACUGUCGCAGGCCGAGGUCCUUGAGGAAGGGAGUGAUGUCACUCUGGUUGCCUGGGGGACACAGAUCCAUGUGCUGAGGGAAGUGGCAAACAUGGCCCAAGAGAAACUGGGGGUGUCAUGCGAGGUCAUCGAUCUACAGACCAUCCUGCCCUGGGAUGUGGAUACCGUUUGCAAGUCGGUGGUGAAAACUGGCCGUUUGCUCAUCAGCCACGAGGCCCCAAUAACCGGAGGCUUUGCUUCUGAAAUUAGCUCCACAGUGCAGGAGGAGUGCUUCCUCAACCUGGAGGCUCCCAUCAGCAGGGUCUGUGGGUACGACACGCCCUUCCCCCACAUCUUUGAACCCUUCUACAUCCCAGACAAGUGGAAGUGCUUCGAAGCGAUCAAGAAGAUGAUCAACUUCUGAACCCCCGUGAGAGCCAGCGUCUGGUAGCCCUGAACUCGGCGCUCUCCUUCUUUUCCUCUUCAUUCAUCCAGUCAUUGGAGUGCAGCCAGGAAAAGACACUUUUUGACCAUCAAAUCAAGGAGCGGUAUCCAGAUGGGCUGCAUGUCCUUCUGUAUCCUCCUGCUAAAAGACUGUUACUGUGCCUCUGGAGUGCGGAACCUCAUUCUGCUGCAAUGGAAAAUGGCUCGAUCUGGUCUAUACGAUGAAACUCGACUCAAAUAAAAGUACUGUGGGGAAAACUAUUUGGUGGCAUUUGCAUUUGCGACUGUCUGCCUUUUCUGUGCUGUUACUUCUGAUUGAAUGUGCUUGUGUCUUUAUUUAGUUUGACGUUAACUUGACACUAUUGUACUAAUACCAUGGACCUGUGGUUUUUAAGGAAAAUAAAAACGAAAUCAGAAUUGGUGAAUACA